GUGGAUGCUGUCAGGGUUUGGGGGAGGGUUUUGAUCUGCAGUUGACAGCAGUAUGAGGUCUGCUGAGUACUUCCUCCUGCCAGUUAUUAGCCUUUUGUUUCUUUGUGUGUGCAAACAUGGCUAUACAUUAUUUUUUUCCUUCUGGAUUAGUUUUGCUGCUUCUAGUACUCUUUGUCCAGGUAGGUUGCCUGAGAGAUUGGAUUUUAUUCAGGGGCUGGAAAUAAGGGCUGAUUUGACAACGUGGCAACUGAUGGCAUCUUAAUUUGCAGAGGGAAGGCAGCUUGCAGGUGAAUGCAGGGUUUCUUCACCUGACUUGCUGUGACCAGUUGCCUAGGGACAGAUCUCAGGAAAGCAGUGACCACUUACUCUAGAGAAAAAAGCAGCAUAUUCAGUUUGAAGCUUCUUGUAACCCUUUAAAUCUGGUAAGAGCUCCUCGAGUCCUUUCUGUAAGGAAGAAGGGGAUUUUUAUAUACUGCUUAAGGUGGAUAUUCAUUCUAUAACCAGAUGCAGAAGUUCUUCACUUUCUGCACUUGGACUAUGCUCAUUUCUGCUUUUGCUCAGUGGCAGUGCAGUAACUACACUGCAUUUUUGGUCCAUUGCUCAAGCAGGUAAUUACAGUGCAUGUGGUGUCCAAUCUAAUGGACCAGUUAUGGUGGUUUCUCAAACCAGAUGCAGACUUCUCCACCUUUCUCCACCUUCUUCAGACAAAUCCCUACAAGCAGCAGCAGAGUUUCCCCAGGAAAAGCAUGAGGAAGGAGUACUGAAAACCCAAAUACUGCAGGCAAAUAAACCUCAGAAAUGCUACUGUCUGAUACAUGCAGAUAUUUUUCCUUGUAUCUGAGGAAGAAAUACAAAAGACAUUGAGCUGUUGCUGCUCCCCUGAUAGUGCAAAUGCCAGUGGAGAAACACUCACGUGUAACAGUAAUUGUGUUGAAAACAGACAGUAUUGUAGUGCAAUAGGUGUUUGCUGGGGGGGGGUGAGUUGUGGGGAGGGAUGAAGGAGGGGCCUAAGGCCCCACCCCACCCACAAGGGCUCCAUGGCUGCUGCAGGCACCACCGCCUCCUCUUGCCCUAUCCCAGGGAGCCAACAUCCCCCCAUCCCAGAGGGCUACAGCUCUACGCCGGGUGGCACCGUCUACUGCACGACACCAGGGGGUACCCGCAUCAUCUACGACCGCAAGUUCCUGCUGGAGUGCAAGAAUUCACCCGUGGCCAGGACCCCUCCCUGCUGCCUGCCCCAGAUCCCCGGUGUCACAUCCCUGGCCCAGUCCAGCCUCGUCAAGCUGGAGGAGCUCAAGGAGCAGAAUGAGAGCAAAGAAGCCAUGCCAGAUCAAGACCAGUUUGAGAUGGACAUCUGAGUUUCCAGCUCCCUGUCUCCAGGUCACAGCUGGGCCUCUUCCUGGGCCUCGUGGAGGUGCUGGCACCAUGACCAGCUAGCUGCAGCCCUCUCUGAUGCUGGGGAUGGAUAUGUGACACCUCAGGCUCUAGCACAACUGGCUGGUGCAAUUGCCUAGGAGCUCAUGCUUGAUCAAUAAACAACGUGAAACCCC